AUGGAUUUGGUGGCAGGCGUUCGCAAAGAAGGCAGCCGCGGCGGCCGCGAUAGCUUCAAAUGGUCUGACGUUAAAGACUCCUCCCACCGCGAGAACUAUCUCGGACACUCUCUUAUGGCUCCUGUGGGACGCUGGCAGCAAGGUCGUGACUUAUCUUGGUAUGCCAAGGACGAUGAUGCCAAAUCUGAGGAGGCGGCUCGAAAAGACGAGUUGCAGAAAAUUAAAGAGGCGGAGCAAGAAGCUAUGGCUCGGGCCCUAGGAUUACCUGUCGCUCCCAAGACGGCCACCGGUGCCAAUGCCACCGCUGUUGCUGGAAAGGAGUUUCAGAAGUUCAUCAAGGAUUCUAUCGACGUUGCAGAUGAGGGUAGAGUGGAAGGUGUCAAAGGCAUCGGGUUUGGUGGAUACGACGGCACAAAACAUGCCUCCGAUGUCGCAGACAAGCUCGAAGCAUCGGGAAUUUUCAAUGAUAGACGCCAUGAACUCCGCAGUAGCAGCAAAGAUGACACCCCCGUGCGCCGCAAGGAUCGCAAUAGGCAACGAGACAAACCAAGGGAUCGCAGCCGUGAAAGGGAACGCCACCAGGACCGCAAAGAAAGGAGCAGACGCUAUGAUUAUGACUACGAUCGGCAUGAACGGCGGAGACACCGCUCUCGAUCACCAGGUCGUCCGCGCGACCGAAGACGCUCUCGGUCCGUAUCCAGAGAUAGAAUCAGACGCCGCUGGGAAGAUAAAAGAUCUUCACGUCGUGAUCGCAGCCGUUCCCACGAAGCACAGAGAGACGAACGCCGGCGGCCAGAUGAUCAUGAUCAUAGGCGCCACCGCUAG